AUGACUUCUCUAGCGCUCCUCGAACUGUUCUUUCCAGGAGAGGCACAGGAUGAAGGGCUCCAGCAAUUCGUAUCUCUUUGGCUAGACUUCUUCACCCAACAUGCAGAGGAAGUCCUUCCAGUGAUUGGCCGCCUGGUGUCUAUACACGGGGCCGUCCUUCGUGUGCAUUCUCCCCAGCCCCUUGUGCAGCGGCUCGCCUUUGAAUGCGCCAAGUGUGGAUCGAGGACUGUCAAGUUGCUGACCGAUGGACGAGUGCAGGAGGUAGCAACGAGUCCAGAGAGCAGCUAUCAAGGCGAGUCUCCAGAGGAAGCGGCACGGCCCUUGGCGGGAGGCAUCCGUCCCGCUGCUACCAUCGACUGCGAGCUCACAGGAUUUCUUGUUGGUCAGUGCAAACCUGGAGAUCGCGUCUGCAUUACGGGAAUCGUGCAAGCCUGUCAAUCCUCUGCGGUGUCUGCACACCUUGCAAAUCCUCACGCAGUGGACGGAGCAACAGUGGCUCGAAGACCGCUGCCAUGGAGAGACUUCACGGCUUCUGCUGUAGCACAGGAGGAUGAAGACGAGGCAGAGACUGCCAGGGACUGUGCCUUCGGUGCAAAGGCUGACGCGUCUGCGCAUGCCGGAGAGGGCCAAGAGACGGAUGUUGCAGCCGCAGCCGCAGCACAGGCAGGCGAUAGAUUAAUGGAGUUCAUUGCAGAUGCCUAUACUUUGGAGCCUCGGCGAUUUGAACUCCUUGUGGCGUCUAUUGCCCCCUCCAUCGUUGGCAGGCACAUAGUCAAAGCAGGGUUGCUACUGGCCCUCUUAGGUGGAGUGCCCGUUACGUACAGCCAAAGCCAAGGGGGCCCCUGGGAUGUCGGAGGGGCCCUGCAGCGCAGAGGGACGAUUCACGUGCUGCUCUUAGGAGAUGCUGGUGUAGGGAAGAGCCGGCUGCUGCAGGCAGCCGCUGCAGCGGCCAGCAGCAGCACCAGCACCCGCAGCAAUGCAGCAGGGGGCAGCAUGCGCAGCGUCUUUGUGUGUGGCAACACAGCCUCUGCCGCUGGACUGACGGCAGCGGCAGUCAGGGAAGCUGGCACUGGAGAACUCAUCAUCGAGGCCGGGGCCCUGGUCCUGGCCGACGGUGGCGUGUGCUGCAUCGAUGAGCUCGAUAAGAUGCCGGCUGCAGCUGCUCUUACCGGAGACUCAGCGUCUUUAUUGGAAGCCAUGGAGCAGCAGACUGUCACAAUAGCCAAGGCCUCAUGUUCCUGCUGUCUACCUGCAAGGACCACUCUCCUCGCCGCGGCAAACCCGAAAGAGGGGCGAUUCGAUCCUCGGAAGCCUUUGGCGGAAAACAUCAACCUGUCUGCUCCGCUUCUUUCGCGUUUCGACCUCAUCUUUUUACUGCAUGACAAGCCGGCAGCCGCGGCGGAUGCUAGGCUUGCUGCCCACGUUUUUUCAUCCAGCCACAGCAAGCUGCACCCAGCAGCUGCAGGGAUCCCCGCCCCACCAGCAACGGCGUCUCCUACCGGUGAAAGUACUGGGGGAACUUCUUGUUUGGAAGAUCGACUGAUGGCCUUAGAGUCAGGGGACCUGCUGCCAUUGUCGCUCCUGCAAGACUACAUUUACUAUGCCAGGGAGCAUGUACAUCCCAGACUGUCUGUCGAGGCUGCAUCAGUCCUCAAAAUGUACUAUUUAACGCUUCGGAAGCAGCAGCAGCAGCAUCACCAACAGCAGGGACUUCGGGUGGCUACCCGACAGCUCGAGUCUCUCAUCCGUCUAUGCCAAGAAGCCAUGAAGUGCGCCAGCCUACUAGUCUCUCGGGCUCAGGCGGCUGUUCCAGCCGAGGCCGUUGUUGCUGCAGCCAAUGAAACGGGCUUGCUGCUGAAGCGUGAGGGUAAGUGGGUGAUAGACAGAUCUCUCCUUGCACAGUUUUAG